AACGAGCCGAGUCGCAAGUUGGCCGCCGCGCAGCGCGUGCUGUUUUUUUUCAGUGUGUACGUUUUGAUUGCAAAAAGAAACAAGCAGAGGCGACGCUGAACACACUUUUCAUCUGCGGCCUGGAGAAGCGCCCCGAGGAAAAUAAUGAAUAGAUAAAUUGUGUUAAUCGCCCCAUCGAGCCAGCAAAUACUCACUGUAUAUUUAUACUCUCGCGUGCGUACUUCUUUUUGCUGCCCGUGGGCAUCGCUCUUUGUUGCUAAUUGUGCAGCUGCCCGCCUGCGAAUGAUAAAAAUGUCAUAGACGACGAGUCCCCCGGCCCCUCGACCAUCCCCCAGAAGCGUCGGACGACAGCGUCGCCUCCACAUCAUCCAGCCAUGACCAGCGGCAAUCGAUGAUUGCCAUUCCCUCAGCCAACGAGAGCCAAUAGAGGCAGCCGGAAAAGUCGCAAGAGCCCGCCAUUCGAACCCAUCAAUAGCCGGAGGAGCAGGAGGAGGAGCAGAAGGCACUGCCCCCUUUGAAAGCCAAGGACUAAAGUCACGCGGUCAACAUGCUGAUCAAGGAGUACCGCAUUCCACUGCCCCUCACCGUGGAGGAGUACCGCAUCGCCCAGCUCUACAUGAUAGCGAAAAAGAGUCGCGAGGAGAGUCAUGGCGAGGGCAGUGGCGUUGAGAUAAUCAUCAAUGAGCCCUAUAAGGACGGGCCCGGCGGCAAUGGGCAAUACACGAAGAAGAUCUACCAUGUGGGCAACCAUCUGCCCGGCUGGAUCAAGAGUCUCUUGCCCAAGAGCGCUCUAACCGUGGAGGAGGAGGCGUGGAACGCCUAUCCCUAUACCAGGACUCGCUACACCUGCCCCUUUGUGGAGAAGUUCUCGCUGGACAUCGAGACAUACUACUAUCCCGACAAUGGCUACCAGGAUAAUGUCUUCCAGUUGUCCGGCAGCGAUCUGCGCAACCGCAUCGUGGAUGUGAUCGACAUUGUGAAGGACCAGCUGUGGGGCGGCGACUAUGUGAAGGAGGAGGAUCCCAAGCACUUUGUGUCGGACAAGACGGGUCGCGGACCCCUGGGCGAGGACUGGCUGGAGGAGUAUUGGCGCGAGGUGAAGGGCAAGAAGCAGCCGACGCCCCGCAACAUGUCCCUGAUGACCGCCUACAAGAUCUGCCGCGUGGAGUUCCGCUACUGGGGCAUGCAGACGAAGCUGGAGAAGUUCAUCCACGAUGUGGCGCUGCGCAAGAUGAUGCUGCGCGCCCACCGACAGGCGUGGGCGUGGCAGGACGAAUGGUUCGGCCUGACCAUCGAGGAUAUCCGCGAGCUGGAGCGACAGACCCAACUGGCCCUGGCCAAGAAAAUGGGCGGCGGCGAGGAGUGCAGCGAUGACAGCACAUCCGAGCCGUAUGUGAGCACGGCGGCCACCGGCGCCUCCACAACGGGCAGCGAACGAAAGAAAUCCGCUCCAGCCAUACCGCCCAUCGUCACCCAGCAGCCGCCGAGCGCCGAGGCCAGUUCGGAUGAGGAGGAGGGCGAGGAGGAGGACGAAGACGAGGACGAGAACGAUGCCAUUGGCACGGGCGUGGAUCUGUCCGCCACCCAAGGCGGAUCCGCGCAGCGAUCCCGCUCGCAGAGCAUCCAGAUGGCCCAGAAGGCCAAGUUCGGCUCCAAGGGCGCCCUCCACUCGCCGGUGGGCUCAGCCCACAGCUUUGAUCUUCAGUCCAAAAAGCCGCAUGCAAAGACAGCGCCACGCAGACAUGUGGCAAACUGGCGCAUGGAGCGAUUGGAGGUGGACUCCAAGUCCAAUUCGGAUGAGGAAUUCUUCGAUUGUUUGGACACCAAUGAGACGAACUCGCUGGCCAAGUGGAGCUCCCUGGAGCUGCUGGGCGAGGGCGACGACAGUCCACCGCCCCAUGGCGGACCCUCCUGCGCUGCCUCCGUGGGCGGACGCGGCAAUUCCCGGCAGGAGGACAGCAUCUUCAACCAGGACUUCCUGAUGCGCGUGGCCUCGGAGCGCGGCAACAAGCGGCAGCUGCGCUCCUCGGCCAGCGUGGAUCGCAGCCACGAUAGCUCGCCACCGGGCUCACCGAGCACACCCUCGUGCCCCACCACCAUCCUGAUCCUGGUCGUGCAUGCGGGCAGUGUUCUGGAUGCGGCCAGCGAGCUGACGGCCAAGAAAUCCGAUGUGACCACAUUCCGCGGCUCCUUCGAGGCGGUGAUGCGCCAGCACUAUCCCAGCCUCCUCACCCAUGUGACCAUCAAGAUGGUGCCGUGUCCCUCCAUCUGCACCGAUGCCCUGGGCAUUCUCUCCAGUCUGAGCCCGUACUCCUUCGAUGCCUCGCCCUCGGCGGCCGAUAUACCGAACAUAGCCGAUGUCCCCAUUGGAGCGAUACCCCUGCUAUCCGUGGCAUCGCCCGAGUUCCAUGAGACCGUCAACAAGACGGUGGCCGCUGCCAAUAUUGUGUACCAUGAGUUCUUGAAAUCGGAGGAGGGCCACGGAUUCUCCGGCCAGAUUGUGAUGCUGGGCGAUUCGAUGGGUUCGCUGCUGGCCUACGAGGCCCUGUGCCGAUCCAAUGGCAGCCAGCCGGGCACGGCAUCGGGCGCCUCGAAUUCUGGCGGAGAUGCGGCCAGCAAUAUCAAUACCCACAAUCCGCUGGGUCCACGCCAUUCGCGACUGGACGACGACGAGCGUUUCAUCGAGGCCGAUCUGGAUGCCAAGCGCCUGCUGGUGGCUCCAUCGCCACGUCGGCGUCGUUCCAGCUCGUCGAGCGAUUCGCGGGCCUGCAAGCUGGACUUCGAGGUCUCUGAUUUCUUCAUGUUCGGCUCGCCGCUGUCGGUGGUGCUCGCCGCACGGAAGCUCCACGAUGCCAAGGCCGCCUUGGCCAGGCCCAACUGCCAUCAGGUGUACAAUCUGUUCCAUCCAACCGAUCCGAUUGCCUCGCGUCUGGAGCCGCUCCUCAGCGCCAGAUUCUCCAUUCUGUCGCCGGUCAAUGUCCCGCGGUACGCCAAGUAUCCGCUGGGAAAUGGUCAGCCAUUGCAUUUAUUGGAGGUGAUUCAGUCGCAUCCGCAGCACUUUAACGAUGGCAACAGCUUGUUGGCCGGUCGCCGCUUGUCGGAUGCCUCGAUGCAGAGCACGAUAUCGGGUCUGAUUGAGAAUGUCUCGCUUAGUACGAUCCAUGCCCUGCAAAACAAAUGGUGGGGCACCAAGCGCCUGGACUACGCUCUUUAUUGCCCGGAGGGAUUGAGCAACUUUCCCGCCCACGCCUUGCCGCACCUCUUCCACGCCAGCUACUGGGAGAGUCCGGAUGUGAUUGCCUUCAUCCUGCGGCAGAUUGGCAAAUUCGAGGGCAUACCCUUUGUGGGCUCCAACGAUGACAAGGACAAUGCCUCCUUCCAUCCGGGCCAGCCGCGGGAGAAGUGGAUCAAGAAGCGCACAUCGGUGAAGCUGAAAAAUGUGGCCGCCAAUCAUCGGGCCAACGAUGUCAUUGUCCAGGAGGGCAGGGAGCAGCGUCUGAAUGCCCGCUUCAUGUACGGACCCCUCGACAUGAUCACGCUGCACGGCGAGAAGGUGGAUGUGCACAUUAUGAAGGAUCCGCCGGCGGGCGAGUGGACAUUCCUCAGCACCGAGGUGACGGACAAGAAUGGUCGCAUCUCGUACAGCAUUCCCGAUCAGGUCUCGCUGGGCUAUGGCAUUUAUCCCGUCAAGAUGGUGGUUCGCGGCGAUCACACCUCGGUGGAUUGCUACAUGGCGGUGGUGCCGCCAAUGACCGAAUGUGUGGUCUUUAGCAUUGAUGGCUCCUUCACCGCUUCGAUGUCGGUGACGGGCAGGGACCCCAAGGUGCGUGCCGGAGCCGUCGAUGUCUGCCGGCACUGGCAGGAGCUGGGCUACCUGCUCAUCUACAUCACCGGGCGGCCGGAUAUGCAGCAGCAGCGCGUCGUGUCCUGGCUGAGCCAGCACAACUUCCCGCACGGCCUGAUCUCGUUCGCCGACGGCCUGUCCACCGAUCCGCUGGGCCACAAGACGGCCUAUCUCAACAAUCUGGUGCAGAACCAUGGAAUCUCAAUUACCGCCGCCUACGGCAGCAGCAAGGACAUAAGUGUCUACACCAAUGUGGGCAUGCGAACCGAUCAGAUCUUCAUCGUGGGCAAGGUUGGCAAGAAACUGCAGGCCAAUGCCACCGUGCUGAGCGAUGGCUAUGCCGCCCACUUGGCCGGAUUGCAGGCGGUGGGAGGCUCGCGUCCCGCCAAGGGCAAUGCCCGCAUGGUCAUCCCCCGCGGAUGCUUCAAUCUUCCCGGCCAGACGGCCAAUCCGCGGCGCAGAAGCAAUGCUUUCGAGCUGCAAUUGGCCAACAUCAGUCCCUGCAGCAGCAACAUCAACAGUCCCAGCAGCAGCAACCACACCCUACUGGCCCAGCUGAUUGAGAAUGCCAUUGAGAAGGACACGCCAGCGGGCUAGGAAAAUGUUUAAAGUAGAUGAACAUUUUUUUUUGUGGCCUCCCAAGCCUGAUAUUCAGUCAAUCAACAGCGUUGCAAUUGAUAGUCUCAUCCAUCCUCUCAAAAACUAGUCCGCCACGAAUCGUAUUAUAUUGUAUUUUAUUAUUUUACACUCUUAAGUUUCACGUAGAACAAAUGCCGUAUUAUUUAUGCUAUAAGUUUAUACUAUAUUAUGAUUAUUAUUACUAUGAUUAGUGCGUUUAUGUACUAUCCCUACCUUGUAUUUGUAUGAUAUUAUUUUGUUUGCGAGCAAAAGCCAAAAUGCAACAAAACCUAUAUAAAAUGGUAGUAUAUACUACCAAAUAAAUAAAAGCAGUACAGUAAAUGGGCCUGUUGGACAUAUGUAUCCUAUAUAGCAUAUAUACAUAUAUGAUUUAUAACGUUUCGAUUACGAUUUGUAUCUUUUCUUUGUUUGUUCCUUGAUUUACGGAUAACCAAUACAACAACAAAAAUAAUAAUAAUACCAAACAAACGCUUUACGCUUCACGUCCUCGAAACCCACCACGCUGUUCAAAACCCACCACGCCGACAAUUACACCCCACACAAUACACACCAUCAGGCUGCAUGAACAAGCAACGAAUGAAAAUUAAAUUGCAACUUAAACAAACAAUAAUGAAUUGUUUAGAGCCAUAUAAAAGCAAACAAUAAAAGCAUCUUGUAAACAGAUAGAAGCGAAACAAAAAACCAAAACAAUACAGACAAUUGAUGUUAGUUUUAGUGUUCUAGAAUAUACCCCAAUACUCCCCACACACAUUUUUGAGUUCUUAUGUUGAGUAUUUUGAAGCAUACCUAGCUGAGCAUUUUAAUGAUUGAUUGGUGUUGUGAAAAAAGAAACCAAAUUGAUUAAAAAAAAACUUUGAAAAACCACCCUAGUAGAGGUGACGCAAAACCGAUAUCGAUAAUUAUCGAUCCUAGAAAAUUCUCCACCUCUAAAGCACACUUAGAGCCAAAAUUCAACUCUUUCUCAACGUUAACUCUGUCUUUCUUUUUCCAAAAACCAAAAUUUGCUUGAAAACAAUGAAAAAACACAACACCCACACACAUACCACACACGCACACACUGCCAUCGACCUUGAUAUCGACCUUGUUAUCGAUGAACAGCAACGAGACGGGACUUUCAUCACCCAUACGCAGUGGUUACCUGAAGCGCAAAACCUACCUGAGCCACCACUAGAGCCACAGAGACGCAGCUACUCCCCAUAUAGAUUGAUCCAUCAGACAAAAUGAAAUCGAAUCAAAUCCCAAAACUCAGAACCCAAAAAUAGCACUCCCUUCGAAAUAGAGAACUAAAAUAUAGCCCAAGGACGACCGAACAUCGAUGCCUCCCUAUGCUACAUCUGUGUAUAUACCAUAUAUAUAUUUAUAUACUAUGCGCGAUAUAUUGAAAGUUCAAUGGUGUAAUAUAUAUAUAUAUCAGAAACCAAAUUUGCAAAUGAGAAAAAACAAUUGUACAACAUUUAACCAAAGUCAAAUGUGUCACGCGGUACCUGGAAAGAAAGACUGUUUCCUCCUGUUGUUUGAUGGUUUUUCAAACCACUUAAAGCAUAAAAAAAACAUUGAAAACUACACGAAACAAAAGCCGAUGUAAAGCUAUUUACUAAACACAAUUAUAAAAGAUAUAUACAAAGGAUAUAUUCAAAAUAUAGAACCGUUUAACAUAUGCAAGCGAACCAAGUUCAACAACCACGCGAGGUACAACACCGAAGGACAAACUACUGGAACCGAGGAUCUCCCGAGAUGAGUAAGGAUACCACUAAGACAAGGACGAGCGUUGCAAAAUCAAAAGGCAAAUUAAAUGCAUUUCUUGACAAACAACCACUACAAAAAGUAUAAAGCAAACGGCUUCCGUAAACCAAAAAAAAAAAAAAACAACAUAAAACUAUUAAAAUUUAUAUCUAAAUGUAUGUGUGUGAAAAAAGACGGUUCUUAAGAAACUAAAAUCUUCAUGAAAUUGAAUACAAUCUAUUACCUGGCCCCAGAAAUUUCAAAUCUCCAUAAUUGUGAUAGUCUUUCGCUACCAAAAGUUAAUUUAACGAAAAGAAAAACAGCAAAAUAUAUAUUUAUCUCUACUAAAAUUGUUAUGCGGAAACGAAGUAAAUUUCGGCAAGAAGCUAUUGGAUAUUAUAUGUAAACGUAAAACCCGAUUUUGUGAUACCAAAACUAACUAAAAGCGAAACCAAAGUUGAGUUCGAGACGAGAUCCAGCCGCGAACUGCUCGGGCUAGAAACCUAUACAAACAACUCAAGGCGACCUGAAGACGAAACGGGCAAGGAAUCUGACCCAUAGAGUACUAUAUAUGUCUAUAGAGAUACCACUAUGUAUAAGCAUAACCCGGUUAUGUGCUGUCCACACAAGUUAACUAACUAAACUAACAACUCUCACGCAACUCGUAAGCAAAGGAAUCUCAGAUACAAGCCAGAUAACACAGACGUAGGGCUACCAAAGGGGCCCUCAAAACGCGAAAUAUAUAUAUGUAAUCCGUUCGAUCCGCUUAGGUUUACCUGAGCCAGAGUCGGUUAACUAUCGAGUAGUUGAGUUACGCCAGUAAGGUACUUCCUAAACCGAAUUGUAAACGCAAGUUGAGCAGUUUACACCGUAGUUGUAACGAGAGCAGAGUAAUUGCAUGUAAGGAUAUACGACAUAUAUAUAUAUAUAUGCCUACACUAUAUACUGUAUAUUUAUCUAGCGCAACUACGUUAGGGACUUUUGCAGCUUGCUAACUGGAAAAGUGUUCCGAUCAAGUAUUGUCCGGCUAUACGUUCCUCUCACCUCCAUUCGAGUCGACUUCUAGAACUCUGUUUUAUUUUUUGUAGCGAGUAUGUACUAAAAACCAAUGGAAGAUCCACUAGAUUUUAAGACGAACCUCUGCCUCCGAAAUGUCUAUCCUAUACAAGAACGCAGCAUGUUCUGCAGGAGGCAGGUAAAAGCAUAAGCCAGUCCUAUGGAAUAACACACCAGAUACUCAUAGAGUCCAAAGGUCUACGUCUGUCUAAGUAGCUGGUAAAUUAAUGGCAUUUCUGUUCCAUUUUGUACUGUUCCCCACACUUGUAGAACUCUGUCUUCGUCGUUUCCCCACCAAAAACAGCAAGAGGCUGGUAAAAUAGAACAUAGAAUGUAAUUCCAAGCUUUAGACCUCACACAAUGGCAUGAUAAUGAGCUAUUUCCAACAUUUCGUAUAAAUCGCUUGAGUUCUUCCUAAGUUAUGGUAGCAUUUUGUAGAACUCCACUUUCUAUAGGUCUCCCCGAAGCCAAUAAAGCGUUGAGCCGAAUUGUAUUGAUAUUUUGAGAACCCACCAUUUAGAUGAUAAGCUAAGGUCCCCACAGCCGACGACGACGACUAGUGCCGAGAGUAUAAUCAAAGAACAAAUACACUGAGAGAAGGGUUUGGCAAACUAAUUAUUAAGUGCAAAAGUCCAGGAACAACAAUUGCGAAUUCAGAUUGUUAGCAGAUAUGAGAAGAGAGCGAGAUCGGGGCGAACAAAGUAUAAAAUUAUUUAUUGACAACAAAAUCUACAAGUCGAAGUUGAACAAAAUAUAAAUGCGGAGCAAGCCAAAUGCAAUCUAUUUACAAAAUCCUAAAAUCCAAAAACUAUAAAUGAACCCCAGCAGGAAUGACAGGCAGCAGAGCAAAGGGUAGCUGGUGCGACGAAAUUAAGUAUAUAUAUAUAUAUAAUGUAAACCUAACCAAAACCCAGAGAUCUUUAAGCCAAUCGUUGAAAUUGGACUUUGACAAAUAACAAGAGUAAACCAAUUGAAAUAUGGCGUAAGCAAAUAUUUUUCGAUGUAAGCUGUUUGUUAGAAAAAGCUCGAGUUUCGGCGAACGAUGAGGCCCCAAGCCAGUUGAUCGAUUCGCAGGAGUUCGAAUACAAAGCGGUUCAUGAAAAGCUAAGAAAAACAAAAGCGAAAAAAAACAAAUGUUCUAUUUGAUGUUGCAAAUGAGAAAAAUAAAUAAAACAUGUUAUGUGAAAAGUGA